GCGGCCGCUGCGCACCGUGGCCGCCAGCCUGUCCGAGACGACACCCGCGCACCCUCUCCACAGCUGACUGAGCGGCGUCUCCUGUCCAGAAGCCGAAUUCAGAGCACGUACUACUAGCUGGCGGUCCGUUGCGUGUGGGCAGUGAAUAAGACGUUCCACCUGUUUUAGAGAUCGUUAAGGGAGGUAUAAGAUGACAUCUCUAUCGCAGUAAUUUCUGGUAAGUUAGUAGCUGUCAGCCGUACGUAGCGGCAGUCCGAGAGUUGUGAUCGCACGCGAGGCUCUUGUUUGAUGAGUGCUGCCAGGACCAAGCUUCCAGUGAGAUUAUUCGCUUUGCUUUGGUACUCCUUUGCGCUGGUGGCUUCCGAAAUUAGCUGAUGCUAAGCUAGCACUGCUACUUGCCUUUCACAUUGCGCCUAAUACUUGCGAAGAUGUAAUAUUACGGAUACUUGGCAUCGGAGGUUAGAAGUUAGUAAGAGGUUUCGGGGACCAGUGGACCAUAUAGGUGCCUUGGUCAUAAACAAAUAGAGCAGUAUAACUUCAUAGUUCAAACGACCUGAAUUGAGACUGAAUUAAUUUUCGCUACACGUUUUUACUUUAGGAAAUCCUUUUUAUCGCUGCGAGUAUUUGCAUAUCAUUAGGUACUGUAGAACAUAAAGCUGCAUGCGCACAUUUUGUUGAUAUUUUUGAUACGAAGCUGUAGGGUUAUUGCAGAACUACAUAGAAAUUUUUGUCAACGACAGUAGGUCUAAGCGGCUCUGUUGCUGAUCGGGCGGUUCCCACAAGUGUAAAGAACAGGUGCCUGUUUUCCUUGUCCUACCGCACGGUAUUCGAAGGAGAGAAAAUUUUGGUAAGUAGGCUGUAGUGUGCACGGCACGGGAGAGGCAGCUAGUUCAUAUCUGGCCAGCUCAGCGGGUGGUGUCGUUCCUCGUGUGCGGACACGCGCAUCCCGGGCGCUGAGUUCAGGACCGGGGUAACCAGAGCGCCGACACUGACGAUGACGCCGACGACGGCGCCGGUGCCGGCGGCGGAGGGCGAACCGCAGCCCCCGGAGCCACCGCGGCCGACGCGGCGCGGCCACCGCCCCCGCAUCACGCUGCCCAUCUUCCACCUGCCGCCCUCGGCGCCGUCCACCCCCAGCCAGGCGUCGCAGCACUCCGCGGCCACACAAGGAGGCGUGCCGCCGCACCAGUACGCAUACGUGCAGCACCAGCAGCAGCAGCAGCUGACGGCGCCGCAGGGCCAGCCGCCGCUGUCGCUGCAGCUGCCGCCGCAGACGCCGUUCGUGGGGCUGGGGGCGGGGGCGGGCCGCCCCCGCAGCGCGGGCGCAGGCGCCGCCGCCGGCCAGCAGACGCCCCUCACCCCCGGCACGGCUGGCGCGCUGCCCAUCGCCAACCCCAUGGGCCCCUUCGGCAUCAUGCAGCUCUACCCCACAAAGGCCUCAGAGUUCAUGUUCAAACAGUUCGCCGGCUUCAAGGACUUCACCAUGAACACCGCCAAGUCAGGGCUCAGCGUCGGCGAGAAGGUCGCCUUCUGGCUCUACAACAAGGUACGGUCGUGGUCGAAGCGCUGGUUCACGCACAUGUUCCUGUUCGCCGUGGUGCUGGCUUACAGCCUGCUGGGUGCGAUGCUGUUUGUCGCCGUGGAGGGAACCAGCGAGGAGAGGGCGCUCAACGACAUCCGCCAGGAGCGCUAUAAGGUGAUUCGCGAGCUACGGGAGCUCGUGAACGACCCAAUCCUGGCUGAUGACGAGAAGGCGUACGAGGGCCAAGCGUCGCGGAUAAUGCGCGACUUCGAACUGCACGUCCUCGAGGUCCACGGCGUUGGAGGACUCACCGACACCGACCAGAAAGUCUGGACCUUCUGGAACGCAGUCUUCUACUGCGGCACCAUCUACACCACCAUCGGCUACGGGCACAUCUCGCCCAAGACGACCACGGGACGUGCAAUCACGAUCGUGUACGCCAUCUUCGGCAUCCCGCUGUUCCUGAUCCUGCUGGCGGACUUCGGCAAGCUGUUCACGCGCGCCAUCAAGUUCCUGUGGGCCUUCGUGCGCCGCCUCUACUACACUGGCAGCUGCAAGCGCGUGCGCAGGACUGCCCCUGUCCAGGAGGUGUGGAAGGGCGUGCAGCUGGUGUACGACUUCGCGACGUUCCGGCGGCCCAGCCAGGUGCCCCCGGGGACCGACCCCGCGGCCCUGGAGGACGCGGAGGCGAGCGUGCCGCUCAACAGACCGCAGUCUGACGGCGCCCCCGCCGCCGCCCCCGCCGCCGCCCCCGCUCCGCCCGGAGCGCCUCCGGGAGCCACCGCCCCGCCCGGACAGACGGUGCUGCCCCUAGACGGGCUCGAACCCGGCACCCCGGCGCCCUCCGCCUUCGAGGUCGACGACGAGUUCAACCUGCCCAUCUCGAUCGCCAUCUUCAUACUGCUCGCCUACAUCUUUGUCGGUGCCGCAAUCUACUUCGUGUGGGAAGACUGGGGAUUUUUCGAGUCCUUCUAUUUCGUCUUCAUAUCGAUGUCAACAAUCGGAUUCGGCGACUUCGUUCCUCAGCACCCAAUGUACAUGAUGGCUUCCAUUGUCUACUUGGUAUUUGGUCUGGCCCUAACAUCUAUGUGCAUCAACGUUGUGCAGAUAAAGCUGUCGGACAGCUUCCGGCAGGCGAGCGCCAAGCUGGGCGCCACGAUAGGCCUCCGCGUCACUGACGAGGACGGCGUCGCGACGCCCAUCCCGGCGACGCCGGUGGUCGACCUGAGCGACGUGCAGCCGUCCCUCGGCAAGUCGGCGUCGACGUGAGCGUCAGCGGCGCCGCACUGCCUGCCUGCGGAGCCCACCGCCUGCACUCCGUCCCGGGGCUUCGCUCGCCGAAUCAGCUGGCUGGCCGCGCCAGUCGCUCCCUACUGAAACAGAAAAUUUCACUUUGACUGCCAUGCUUCGGCUGCUAUGCCCAUAAGAAAACGUCUCCACGAAAGCAGACAGAGAACGCUCGGUAGACUAAUCAGCUGGUCUGGUUCCCAUACAUACUGAAAUAUUUCAGAAUAAUGUUUGAGGGACGAGGUACUGGUUUCUCAGUCUUGUAUUACGAUAGUGACCGCACUGCGUUUUACUGUGUCUCUGAGGGGAACAGUAACGCAUAAGACCUCCACUUUCAUUGACCGUCCAUACAGUGAAACUUGCAUCUUAGGCAGAGGCAGGUCAAAGGGCCUAUCUGAGGAUGCAUCUGGAUUGUGAUAUGUUAGUUCACGACGCAUGGAAUUGGCUGAUGUCCGCGAUUGUGUCACCUACUUUAUAAAAUGUCGCUUUUUCAGCUGCAGUAUUUUAUCUGUUUUUAUUGGCAUCAUAGGUUUCGCCUAUGCUGCCAUUAUAAGGUGUUUUAAUUGUAAUUUUUUCAUCAACUAGACUGCUAUGUGUAUCGUGAGAAAGUUUUUCCCGGAUGUGGCAGUGAAUUUAAGUUCCGAAAUGUUGUCGCCAUUCUUCGGGAUGGCUGAUUUAUGUCAGCGUGUGCCCUUCUGUGUGUGUGUGUGUGUGUGUGUUUUUUAAUAGCUACAAACAUAUUUUUAUUUACAUGUAGUGGGUCACACAGAUUGCACGUACAGACAGUGCGUCGUCUCUCGGCUCUUCUGAUACAUUUGUUUACAAUGGAGAGUUAGCACUAAGAUAAUACAUAAAAAUGAUUAAAAGUGAAUAAGUACAGAAAAUCACACUACAUAAAAGUGUUAAGAUGUACACAUACUUGCUCAUAACUUGUAUUUGUUAGUAUUUUGUGGAUUGUCUUCGCAGCUGAAUCACAUAUUACAUUAUCUGUUGAAGAAUUUUUUCAAUGAUCUAGUCACUACACUGCAAAUAACUGUUUGAAAAAGUAGUAAUAGUGAUGGAUACGUUCUUCUAUUCUGUGUACGAGAUAAGAAUGUAUUACAGCUGAAUGUAAGUAAAAAUAUUAGACAGAGUAUUUAAAUAAUAAAACACUUAGAAUGGUGCACACUGAUGUAAGUUAAUCUUUCUGGGCAGGGACAACCUUUUUGAAUCUUAACUCACUGGCACAUCCACCAAAAAUGUGUUCUCACUUUACAAUAAUUUGUAACUAUCAGUCAAUGUACACAUAGCAAUUAGGCAUGUGAUGCCACCGAGACGCAAGAUACCAAUAAACAAUGGAUAAAAUAUACUUGAUUACGAAGAUAUUAUUUUACUAAAAGUAAGACUGUGAACAUAAAUCAGCUGUCAAUAAUGCUUGUAUUACCAGUCUACUGUUUUAGAUUAAUACUUGCACGCAACCAAUUUUUCUCGUAUAAAGUUAACUCAAAAAGCUCUUUCCUGAUUUGUAUUAUGUCUUGAUGUUUUAUCUAAUCGACCUACAGCCUUAUUUGUCAAUUGAUGCUGUGAUAUCAUAGUGAGACAUAAAUAUUGCUGGAAUAUACGGUGUGUUUCCCAACUUAUUCGAGAUACUUGGCACUGAAGUGUGUACAAGACAGUUCCUAGGGGAUAGGAAGACUGCAAGUAUUAUUAUGUCCCACUGCGUUCCUCAACUCACGGUACAAAAAUAACAACGAAGAAUCUUCAGUGGUAAUGAUAUUGUCAGCAAAGCCACUUUUUGUUGCAGAAGUUAUGUACAGUAACGGGCGUUGACGUGGUUCACAAAAAUACAAUAAGCAUCUGUGAUGAUAAAAUAUUGAUUAGACAAAAAAGGAGUAAGAGUUUCAAAACUGUCGUAUCGAUUACAGAGCAAAUUAAAAUUGACUGAGAAAAUAUCUGAUAUUACUAGUGUUUUCCCAUAUUUAGGGAGUAUGUAUCAUCGACUGACCAUCCAUAUUUACUAGUAAGUUUCCCCUUAUAUCUCCACAUCAUCGAAGGCUUACACCAGUAGUAUUCUUUCCAUAUGACUCUCCGAUUGGAAUUUAUUCCAUAUCUAAUAAGAUAAUUUCUUGGUAUUGUACCCAUAUCUGAAACCUUUAUGAUCCACUCCCCUUAAACAGCAUGUUCCGCCACAUCACCUUUAUUUUUCUUUUCAAGAAAUGUGGUGUCAGCACAUAAAAGAGGGAAAGAUUGGGAGAACUGUUCCACAUAUAUGUCACUCAGUUACCUGUUUCUAUGGCCACCUGGGAAUUCCCUUAAGUUAGUCAAAUGAAGGGCACCGAGAAUGUCUGACAGUAUAAAAACUGAGACAUUUUCAUUGUUUCUGGCUUCAAACUAUUUAAUGUCAAUUAUCAAUAAGGAGUUAUCUCGAUUCCAGAAGAACUGUCCGCCUCUUAGAGAGAUGUGAUGUACUGUUUAUAGCGCCUUUACCGCUGUCACUGAAGCUGCAGUACGCAGACGAUAGUUACUGGAGUCUUGCCCUAAUACAAAGUCUUCAAGCCGACCCGCUUCCAAAACGUGCUUCGUGUUUAGCUCAGUAUACAGUAGGGAAAUAAAAAACUCAGUAAUUCUCACGCUGACUACGCGAACUAUCAUGCAGCUCACAAUAUUGCUCCCCAGAACAUUACCAUGAACGAAGUUUGUCAGUUCCGUUCCCUGGGAAACUAUCUCACAAUCUACGAACCUGUUGUACAUCGAAAAUUCGUUAGGUAGUUUAGAGACUGGUGCGUGUUUUUUCUAACGUCUUAUUAAGUAAGUCACACGUUUCGAAAUAUAUGUUACUGUGCAUACCCUACCGAACACAUGUCGCAUUAUGCUUGAAGAAUUUCCUGGGGCUCACUGUAAAACAACUUUCAAUCUCAACGAUGUUUUACUUUCAUAUAUGUCUGUUUUCACUUACUACUGUUUUCGAAAGUGUAACAGACGUUCUUGACUAAAGCAAAUUAUUGUUCUCAAAUAAUAUGGCGUCCAUAAUUGCUGUAUAGCUUCAUGGCCUCGCACAUUUGUUAUGAGACACUAAAAAUUUCAUGGACAUAUUUGAAUUAUUGAUCCAUAUUUCUGUGUUGUAAUUUAAGGUAAAAGCAUUAGAGUUGUCAACUUUUUUUGAGGUUGUCAUUAACAGAUGAAAGUAAUUUCUUUUACUUAUUCUAAGAAAGCAGAUCGUAUCUAAUUUUGCACAAAAUAUAUUUCUGUAAUUUUGUUUCUGUGAAGUGCUCUAAACUUCUUGUUCAUUGAAUAAUAAAUAACACUGUACUACUAGCAUAUUUUACCUAAAUAUAAAGCUUUUAUAUUUACUGCACUGUGAGUUGUUAAUCAUUGGACAGUAAUGAGUGUGACUGAGAGAAAAAUGAAUUGUAUUUCUCUAUUGUUUUACAUUUUCAAUAAAAUCGCCAUUUUAUUUUAA